CCUCCUCCCCACACAUCUACCUCCAUCCACAUCGCCUCUCUUUCUCACUGUACGGAAACUCUUUCUCGAAAAGUUAAACCUGUAUUACCCAUUAAUGACCCAUUGAAACCUUUGUCCCUUAGCAUCGAUCACAAUUGAACGAAUUCGCCUCACCAGUUUCAUAACCUUUCUCUGUCAGCUCUCAGCGAGGUCCAAAACCCUUCCUCCUACGUCACCGCCUCCCUUUCGUGUCUCCUCGCACAUCGGCAUCUUCCUUCCACUCCUCAACCCACGUCGUUAUGUCCACCCUCAAACGCAAGGCUGGUACGCUGUCGGCCGCCGAUAAUAAGAAGCCCAAGCAGGAUGGCAGCAUCAUGUCCUUCUUCGGAGCCCCGAAACCGGUGGCCAAGGCGGGCGGCGCGGCCGCACCACCACCCGAGGCCUCUUCGCCCGCCACCAAGUUCGACAAGGCCAAGUGGGUCGCCGGCCUGACAGCCGAGCAGAAGGAGCUGCUGCAGCUCGAGAUCACUACGUUGCACGAGAGCUGGCUGGCGCUGCUUAAAGACGAGGUCACGAGCAAGGAGUUCCUCGACCUCAAGCGCUUUCUGAACAGGGAAUCGGAUGCCGGGAAGAAGUGGUUUCCGCCGAAGGAGGAUGUAUACUCUUGGUCCCGUCAUUGCCCCUUUAACAACGUCAAGGUGGUCAUCCUCGGCCAAGAUCCCUACCACAACCACAAUCAGGCUCAUGGCCUCGCCUUCUCCGUCCGCCCACCUACCCCGGCGCCUCCCUCGCUCAAGAACAUGUACAUUGCUCUCAAAAAGGAUUACCCGACCUUUGCCCCGCCUCCUAACAAGGGCGGUCUCUUGACCCCCUGGGCGGACCGUGGCGUCCUCCUCCUCAACGCUUGCCUGACGGUGCGCGCCCACGAGGCCAACUCGCACGCAAACCGCGGCUGGGAGCGCUUCACCCAAAAGGUCAUUGACCUCGUCGCCACUAAGCGGUCCCGCGGUGUAGUCUUCAUGGCUUGGGGCACCCCGGCCGGCAAGCGCGUUGUCAAGGUGGACGCCAAAAAGCACCUGGUCCUUAAGAGUGUGCACCCAAGUCCUCUCAGCGCGUCCAGGGGCUUCUUCGACUGCGGGCACUUUAAGAAGGCCAACGAGUGGCUGGUAACCCGAUACGGCGCUGGCGCCGAGAUCGACUGGGACCUUAGCGGGGCCAAAAAGGUCGAGACGAUGGUCGCGGAGCCCAAGACCGUUGAAACCGACAAGAAUGAUGAAGUGAAGAAGGUCGAGAUAGAGAAGGAGACGGGAGUCAAGACCUCGCCUAAGGAGGCUCCUGAGGAUUUGACCGAGGACGAGACGGCUUAAUGAAGGUAUGAGAUGGAACAGAAUCGGGCUGGCGUUCUGUCUCGAAUAUGAUUGGAAUGACAUGAGGGUGGGGGUCGGAACCGCCGCUUUAUUCGGGCCAUCUACUAGGAGUGGUUUGGAUGAUAUGAUGACUUGUAAACACUAGAUGAUGCAACCUGCCGCAGAAUUAUGAGAGACCACGCUUAGAUGCAUGCUAGACCGACCACUGGAUGACUUGUAUUGGUUGUCCUCGCGCGGAAUGAAAGAACUUUGCAU